AUGGAGUAUAACAGGGACACAAUCAAGAGGAUUAAAGCGGGCUAUGCGUGCGUGACCAUGUGGCCCUGCAUGUACUGCUAUACUUCGAUAGAUUGCUCGCAUGCUGAGCCGCUGUUUCGCUGCCGAAAGGAGGAUUGUGCCGGUCGGGGGAAACUCCAGGUUACUUGUUAUCACCGGGUGACUGUCUCUCGGGUAUGA